AUGUCAAUUGACGAUGAAAAAGAACAACAGCAUACCCAUGAAGAAUCGCCAGUUUCAGCUUCCAACAACGAUGAACUUGAAUCAAAUGACCCCGAAACUACCACUCACACUUCAGAAAAUGAAUCAGAAGAAGUAACCCAUCAAGAAGAAGUAGUAGUAGACGAUAAAAGUCGUGAUUCCACUAAUUCUGCUAUGGAAGAGAAAAAUGAGCCCAAAAUUGAAGAAGUUCAAGAAGUAGAAGUAAAACAUCAAGAAAUACUCUUUAGAGUUCUACAACUCCUAAUACUGGGACUUCGUCGUAAACGACGUGGGCAACCUCAUUCGGAAACUAGUCCAGAAUCUAGGAAUGAUCAAUCAUCAGUUGCUCCACAACAGCCACCUCCACAACAGCACCAGCAAGAAGUUGACGACGAUGAUGAUUAUGACCCAGAAUUAGCAUUGAAAGAUGAUCAUGAACCCAAAUUAGUCGAAAGACAAAUCACUCCCAGUCCUCUUGUACCGCAACAGCCCCUUGUGAAACCAGCAGGAAGAAGUCCAGCUGGAUUGCCCCCAAAACCUCCCGUAAGUGCUUCCAAAUCACGAGGAGGAGGAGGAGGAAGUCGUCAUUCUAACCGAGCUGCAUCUGGACCAGCUGAUUCUCAACAACAGUUAAAACAAGCUUAUGAAGCUGUUAUGCAUAGUGAAAUUGCCAAAGAUCCAAAUUUUGUAAAUUUACCACAAUCUGAACAAUUAAAAUUAAUCACCGAACAACUAAAUUUACAAGGAGUUCAAUUAACCGGUCCUAAUACUUCUGGUAGUAGUGGGAAACCAAUGAAUUAUGACCAGGUAUAUUCUUAUAAUAAACCAUAUAAGAAUUUAAAAGAUCCUAUUCCUUUAAUCCCCAUAAAUGAAUAUUGUCGUAGACCAAACAUCACUGCUCCAAUGACUCCUGAAGAAGAACAAGCAUAUGAAGAUUUCAUUAGAACAGAGAAUUAUUAUUUGGGGUUACUGAAUUGGGAUGAAUUCCCUGAUAAACUGAGAUUAUUUAUGGGAAAUUUACCUGCCAAUACCAUAUCAAAGCAAGAUUUAUUUCGUAUUUUCAGUCAAUAUGGAGAAGUUAUCCAAAUUGCCAUCAAGGCCGGUUAUGGGUUUGUUCAAUUCCGGACAGCAGAAGCAUGUUUGGAAUGUAUAAAGGGUGAAACUGGGGUUCCAUUACAUAAUAAAAUUAUGAGAUUAGAUGCAUCAAAACCUCAAAAGGCAAGACGUCCAGGGAAACCAGAAAUCAAUAAUCCUAAUUUAAGUUCCCGAGGAAGAGAAAGAGCCGUGGCUGAUGAAAAUAAUCAACAACAACCAGCAGCAAAAAGAAGAAAACCAGAUAAUCUUGAUUGUAUGGUUUAUAUUACUGGGAAAUCUUCCGUGUUUUUCAUUCGAAAAGUGAAGAAAGCAUUCGCUCAAGCCCAAAUCACAAUUGAUACCGAAGAUGUAACCCAUCGUAACAUAAAUGAAGUCAUCAGUGAAGCCGCUUAUUCCGGGGUAUUAGGAUCUUGUGUAAUUAAGGAAUUAAAAAUCGAUGUUCAGACAUUUGAAAACACUCCAGACGGUGGAAUCAAAUUUGAUGAAUAUGCCGAUAUUGAACCUGAAGUCGGGGCAGAAUUGUUGGCAAAAGCCAAAAUGAAACGAUAUGGCGGGAAUCCACCUCCUUACUAUCCUCAAGAUACUAGUUAUAACGACAAUUCAAUUCCUCCGGGGUAUCAACGACAACUGCAACAUCAACAUCAGCAACAACCACAACCUCAGCCAUAUGACCAAUACACUGGGUUUGUCCAGGGUAGCGGAAGUGGUUCGGGACCCCACGGAUAUGGUGGCGGUGGUAGUGUAGGUGGUGGUGCUGGGGGAUAUGAUAAUAACAAUAGUGGAUACUGGAAUCGAGACCAGGCACAACAACAAUACGGAUCUGUUCCACAAUACAAUCAAUUUGGCAUCAAUGACGGCAGAGGAGGUCCAGCUCCACCACAAGUGGAUCUGUAUAGAUCUUCUCCACCACAAGGAGCAUAUGCCCCAUAUGGUGGUGCACCUCCUCCCCAACAACAGCAACAACCUGUUUUGCAAGAUCAAGGAAACUUAUUACAGGCCCUACAAGGAUUAAACCCUCAACAAGUCCUGUCUAUGAUUAAUGCCUUGCAACAGCAACAGCAACCGCUUCCACAGGCUUAUGGACAACCUUCAGGAUAUGGUGGUGGUAGAGGCAGUGGUGGUGGUGGAUAUAAUCAGCAACAACAACAGCAACAACAACCAUACGGAACUGCACCUCCGCUACCAUAUGGAUCUAACAGCUCUUCUAAUAGUCAAGUAAUACGGAACGAAAGUGUUAACGUCUUAGUCCCUAGCUGA